AUGACGACGUUAACCGAAUUUCACCUCUUUCCCUACCUCCCGGAGGAGUUAAGGGUCAUGAUCUGGACCUUAGCCCUUCGACCACUUGAUCGCCCAGGCGUUCACAUCUUCGACGUCGUGAAGACAAUCACACAACUGGACCGCGUGAAUCAUCGCCUUUCACGACUGAUUGGGCCGGGGUACAGUGAUCUGUACGGCGGUCUGUUUGUUCCUCCAUCUUUGCUACCUCAACCAGCAUGGACACCUCCAAUGGAUUGCAGUUGCAGUUGGGUAUCUUCUUUAUCUACUUACGUGGUUCCCGGGAAUGUCAACCUCAAGGCCAUCACGCCUCAUUCGAAUGCCUCAUCAUCGCGCGAUCAUUAUCCAACAGGAGAAAAAAACCAGACGGUCAUCCAAAAAGGCUUUUGGCUCCCGCAAAUUGAACAAGCCCUUUACCACACAGCCUUGUAUCGAGGCAACAACUCAACACGCCGCCAUCCUUUCACCGUGUUCCAGGGACGAGACGAGACCUCUUCAUCUAUCGACCACUGCACAAGGUUCACCAAGGGUGUCUGGCUCCCCGGUGGUGGGAGCCAGCUACCAUUUUCAAGCCCGUUUCCAGGUGGGGAAGAGUCCCUCUGCGGCGAACCGAACAGGCCCCGGGGAUAUUGCCAGCCCAACUACCGACAGCUGGAUAAGCUGGGCCAUUACCAAGACCACAUGGCUAUUGAGUGGGAUCUAUCCUGGGCUUUCGAUCAUGCUGCGUUCGAGGAACUCAAGAGGGGUCUGAUGUCUACCUCGCUGCAACGGGGUCGUAUCUGGUUUGUUGACUAUGGGCUCAGGCAGAAUUUUGCCCUCGGCGAUCUUGACGUGGCGUGGAUGGAAAGGGAGGGGACGAAGAAGGCAUUUGAGGACGCGCAGGGAGGCCGCUAUGUGGAGGUGUAUUUCAGCAAGAUCCAUCUCGAUCUGCAUCAUACGGGCGAGAGAGUAAGCAGUGAGAUUCUUGAUGGUACAGGGUUCUUGGUGUCCACGGAAAGGAGUCUGCUGAUGUUGAAGCCGUUACUUCGGAGACGCCUGCCGGAUUUGUUGGGAAGGACAUUACGGUUAUCUGGAGAGAGCAGUGGUGGAAAGAACUGGGCGCAGUGGGGGAUCCUCGCGUACCUGCCUCCGGGGUUUGAGGGGGGCAAACGACGGCCGAGGGCAUCACCCAGAACAAGAACGCAAGAAACUGUAAAAGAGAGGAUGGAGCGCCUUGGGCCGCGGUUCUGGUUGCUGGGUUGA